AUGCCAGGACUAGCCAUGGAUGUGCUAAAUGGAGAUGGUUAUGGAAGAGUAGAUGAUGAAACAAUUGGAGACUACAUGUCCCAUAAGAGUAGUGGUUUUAGCCACCAGAUGAUCAGGUCUCCAAGAAGCACAUUAAGUCCACACAGUCCACGUAGUGACUCAAUUGAUCUAGCCAUUGAUGGCGUAAUUGAUACCUCCAUCGACUAUUUAUAUCACAAUGUUUGCGAGAUGCAGAGCUCUGAUCCCUCCCCAUCCAGGGCUAGCUUUCUGUCAUAUGGUGAGGAAUCGAGGAUUGACUCAGAAUUGCGCCAUCUUGCAGGAGAUAUUGCAGAAAUGGAGAUACCCAAAGAGGUUACUAUAUUGGAGAAUAUAGAUGGGGGCUGUCGUGCUGGCGUCACAGCUUCCAAGGAUGAUUAUGAAGGGUCCAUAGAUCACAACAAGGCUAAAAUCCGAGCUGCAAACCUUAAGAAGCAGCUUUUUCGCAUGGAAUCAGAAUCUGGUGCAUCUGCAAGAUCGAAUCCUAAGAGCAGAUCUUCUCAUGAGAAGCCUCCGACUGAUAGGCAGACGCUGGACAAGAAAAUUAGAAAACCAAUUGCAGUUUUCACAAUGAAGAAGCAGGGAAGUUUCGCUUCUGUUCGCGCAAAGUUUCGGAAUGAAAGUGAUCAGCAUAUUCUGCAGACUGCUGGAGUAAAUAACCCCAACCUUGGACCAUUCUUACUUAAACUAACAAGGGAUAUGAUUUCUUCUGGUGAAAAUCCGCAAAAAGCUCUUGAAUUUGCUCUUCGAGCAACGAAAUCAUUUGAGGUAUGUGGAAAUGGAAAACCCAGUUUAGAGCAGGUUAUGUCUUUGCAUGUUUUAGCAGCAAUCUACUGCAGCUUAGGCCAAUAUAAUGAGGCAAUUCCUGUUCUUGAGCGGUCUAUUGAGAUUCCAGUAAUAGAAGAUGGCCAACAUCAUGCACUAGCUAAAUUUGCUGGUUGCAUGCAAUUGGGUGAUACUUACGCAAUGCUUGGCCAGAUUGAGAAUUCAAUACUGUGUUAUACAGCUGGCCUAGAAAUCCAAAGACAAGUCUUGGGAGAAACAGAUCCUCGAGUUGGCGAGACAUGCCGAUACGUAGCUGAAGCUCAUGUUCAAGCAUUGCAAUUUGAUGAGGCUGAGAAGCUUUGUCAGAUUGCACUUGACAUUCAUAAGGAGAAAGGUGGUCCAACCGCCACUCUUGAAGAAGCAGCAGAUAGAAGGCUUAUGGGCAUUAUCUGUGAUGCAAAAGGAAAUUAUGAAUCUGCUCUUGAGCAUUACGUUUUAGCAAGCAUGGCCAUGGCAGCAAAUGGCCAGGACAUAGAUGUGGCUUCAAUUGAUUGCAGCAUUGGGGAUGCAUAUUUAUCGUUGGCACGUUACGAUGAGGCUAUUUUCACUUAUCAGAAAGCGCUUACUGUCUUCAAGUCAAGUAAAGGAGAGAAUCAUCCAGCAGUUGCUUCCGUUUUUGUACGUCUGGCUGACUUAUAUAACAAGAUAGGGAAGUUCAGGGAUUCUAAGUCUUACUGUGAAAACGCACUUAGGAUUUACGAAAAGCCAAAUCCUGCAGGGGGGAUCAGGCCUUCAGAAGAUAUUAUAGCCAGUGGUUUUACUGACAUUUCUGCAAUUUAUCAGUCCAUGAAUGACUUGGAUCGGGCUCUCAAGUUACUUAAGAAGGCUUUAAAGAUCUACCAUAGUACUGAUGCUCCAGGUCAGCAAAGCACAGUCGCAGGAAUUGAAGCCCAAAUGGGGGUCAUGUAUUAUAUGAUGGGGAAUUAUGCUGAUUCUUACAGCACUUUCAAAAGAGCCAUCGCAAAAUUUCGAGCAAGUGGAGAGAAAAAAUCUGCCUUGUUUGGUAUUGCUCUAAACCAAAUGGGUCUCGCCUGCGUGCAGUGUUACGCAAUCAAUGAGGCUGCAGAUUUUUUCGAAGAAGCAAGAAGCAUUUUGGAGAAGGAAUAUGGACCCCAUCAUCCUAACACUUUGGGGGUCUAUAGCAAUCUAGCAGGCACCUACGAUGCAAUGGGCAGAUUGGAUGAUGCCAUCGAAAUUUUGGACUAUGUUGUUGGCAUGAGGGAGGAGAAGCUAGGAACAGCAAAUCCUGAUGUGGAUGACGAGAAGCAACGGUUGGUGGAGUUGUUGAAAGAAGCAGGCAGGGUUCGGACCAGGAAAUCCAAAUCACUAGUAACCCUCCUUAACAAAGAAUUUCAAGUUAUUAAGGAUGGUGGUACUGAUGCAUCAUAA